GUGUAACUAUGCUUAUUAGUAGUUCUUUCUCUGCCGAGUUGUCCCAAACAACGUAAAGCAACUCCUGUCACGUUCGCCCAUCUCCGCCAGUCUCUCACCAUCUCCCCGAGCUUAGACUUCCCGGAAUCCCAUUCUACCACGGCGGUCAAGAGCCAGAUCGGCUCGACUUCGGGAGCUAUGAAGUUCACCCUACGCCAAACAAUCCUGGGCUUGCUCCUACCUGGGGCGUCGGGCGUUGAAAUCAAGAGCGGCCGCAGCCCAGAGGACUCUUGCUGUUCCGCCUUCGCCAACGACCUUGAGCUUGGUUCUAUGGUGCUCAUGCCCGAUACGGAGGCCUACGACCAGCGUCUGAAGACCUACUAUUCCUCCAACGCUGCUCAGGCCGCCUGGUGCAUGGUCCUGCCGAAGACCACGGCAGAUGUGUCGAUCGUUGCCAAGGUCAUAUCCGAGCAUCAGUGUCCGUUUGGCAUUCGCAGUGGCGCUCACUCGGCUUUCAAGGGGUCCAAUGGCGUCAGAGAUGGCAUCACAGUUGACUUUGGCUACAUGAACACGACAACGUACGACGAAAUCACCAAUAUCGCUUCGAUAGGCCCUGGUUCUACGUGGGGGGCGGUCUACACGACGCUCAAAGAUGGCUGGGAAGUCACCACUGUUGGCGGCCGAUCUUCAGCCGUUGGCGUCGGGGGUUUUGUGACUGGCGGCGGUUACUCUUUCCACAGCAAUGCCCUCGGCUUCGUUUGUGAUAGUGUGACCAAUUUCGAGAUUGUGCUCGCAAACGGCACGGUGGUCAACGCCAACUUGACUUCCAACCCUGACCUUUUCAAAGCUCAGAAGGGUGGCUCCGGUAACCUAGGAUUUGUCACCAGGAUCGAUCAAAAGGCUGUCAACACACCGGAUAUGUGGGGCGGUAGUACUAUGUACAACGCCUCGGACAGAAAGAGUGUGUUUGGCGCCUACGUCGAUUUCACCGACAGCAUGGACCGAGACCCGGCGAGCCAGAACAUCGUGGGGAUGUCCUGGGGACCACACAGGGGGUACGCAUACCGGGCGAUCUUGACGAACAGCGACGCCGUCAGCGACGCCCCGGCCUUUGAUGAAUACAGGAAGAUAGAGAACAUCAGCAGCACCUCCCGCGUCGCACCUGUGGCUGAGAUAGUCCCCGAGUUCAGCGGUCCCACGCCACUGGGGCAGUACGCCAACUGGUUCACGGGCUCAUUCCAAAACGACCUCGGCAUGGUGGAAUACCUGGGCGAUACGUUUGAGACAUACGGCGCGGAGUUCGACAGGAUAGCGCAGGAGCUGGUGCGGGAGACGGGACAGAACGUCACCUACGACAUCCUCGCGCAGUUCCAGCCCUUCACGCAGUCGAUGGUCAGGCACAGCCAGCAGAGCGGGGGCAACCUCAUGGGGCUCGAGGACGUGGUGGCUGACGGGCCCGCCACCAACUGGCUCCUCAUCCUGACGUGUGGGUCGCCCGAGCUGCAGGAGAGGAUGCUGCCCCUCGCGCAGGUGUUCCGCAGGGAGAUCGAUGCCCACGCCAGGGAGCUCGGGGUGUACCAGGACUGGCGGUAUCUGAACUACGCUUGGGGGGACCAGGACCCGAUCGCGUGGUACGGCGAGGAGAAUGUGGCGUUCCUCAGGGCUGUCGCCGACGGGGUGGAUCCGGAUGGGGUCUUCCAGAAGCUGAGAGCCACUGGCUUCAAGAUUCCGGUGUGAUGUUAUUGUCACGGGAGGGACAUAAGAGAGGCGAAGCUCUCAAGUAUUGCUCAGAAACUCAUUGCUGGAAGAGCUUAAAUGAAGUGGAUUCAUUACUAGUAGUACAACUUUCAACUUGUACUAGAGCGGUAAAACAUAGCGUCCGUC